AUGCCCGUUCGCAGGUCUGCGGUUGGAGGCAGUACGAAUUGGAGGUUAAGCGAAAGCUUUCUCCAACCCAGACUCCCAAGCACUACACACGUAUUCAACUUCGAACUUCAUGUAAUACAAAGUAAAGAUAUAAUGAUGUCGCUUUAUGAUGAUAUAGAUGGCGUUCCACUUAAAGAAAAUAAUUCAUCUGAAACAGGUAUAAUUCUUAUCCGAUCGAUAAAUUUUUAGAUUUGUCUUUUUUAUUGUCGUUUUGUUUACCUGGGAUGUGUUUUAAUGUCUUCCUAGCAGUGCAGAAACCCUUGAAUUUUUGACUAACUUUGACCGUUGUAUCUAUAUAUUUACAAAUAAUUAUAGAUAUUUUUACUAUCAAUGUACAUAAAUGCUUAUAUUUUGUGUGAGGGGAGAUAUAUGAUUCAGACAUAGUUGAUCUGAAUAUAUAAGUGGCCAGAUUUAUGCUAGGUAGUGGCUGGAUUUAUGCCAUGACAGAUUUAUGCAGUGACCCAAACCAAGGGAUCUCAGGAUCUGUCACUGUGUCACGACAGGAAUCUCGUACAGGCAGCACAUUGCCACUUAAAAGGGUUAACAGGAUGCAUUGGUAGAUUGUCUGAUUAAUCCAUUGAUUAGCAGCACUCUCUCCAUGACAAAUAAAAUCAUGUGGUGUUCCAUAGAAUAAAUUAAAUAGAGAGUUUACGAUGUACGACGCUCAAUGACAGGGCCUAAAUUUCAGCUCAAGAAUGAGCGCUAAGCAAUUUGAAUACUGUCAUAAAUAUUUGAUCCUUUUUUAAAUAGCCUUACGAACUGCUACGUUCAGCUAAAGCGAUGCAAUGUUUGCUGUAAUUUCGACUUCAAGUAACACCUCUUGGGUCGUAAUAAGCUUUCACGUUGCUUGAAAGACAUGAUAAUGCUUAGUUUAACAUUUUGCUGAGCAUGACAAUGCCGUUGAGAAUACCCUGGGACCACAAAUUAUUCACAGUUUUUGUCUAGCAUGACAAAUUUCUUUGUUUUGAAAGUGCAUCUUCGAGCCGACCACUUCGUAGAUUGUAAACUCCCUAGUAAAGUAGGGUGCCUCAGGGUGCAUGCAUGGUGCAUAUUGAUACUUAAUUCAUUAAAGGGGUAAAAAAACCUUGUUGUUAUGAGCAAAGCCUUUUUGUCUGCAGGUAAGCAGCAUGUGUCAGGAAAAACACAUUGUGCUUAAAUUAUUCUAGUGAAGAUGAAAGCAAUCAUGUGAUAAAAAUGCAAUAUUGAGAUAAGAUAAACAAGAUAUAAAUUAGAAUGCUUUCCUAGAUAUUUAGUAAAUCUGGUAUAACAAAAGUUUUAAAAAUAUUUUAGCUGGGUGGUCAAGCAGCUUCAGUUUUAUGCAACAGCAGCUGAAACGACAAAAAGUUGCUCAAGGAAAAACACCAUCACAAUUGGUAUGUGACACAUUGAAUGUAUGGCUUACAGUAUAGGCAAUUCCACCUUUUAGUUUACGCAUGCGCAGGGGGUGUACAUGCUGAUUAUGCGGAAAAAUGUCAAUAAAAACUGCCAAAACAACCGAAAUAUUUCAAUAUUUACAAGUAUAAGCUUAAGCUAUCAGUCAGUAUUUACACAGCCACCAUUUUUAUUUUUUCAGCAUAAUCAGCAAUAUGAUACCUUACUUCCCAUCACCCCCUGCACACAUAAACUAAAAGCUGGAAUUGCCUAUUGAGGAGCAGAUUAAGUCCCCAAAUACAAAAUAUUUUCUUUGAACAAUCUAGAAAUCUUCCCGUCCUAGUGGACUGUCAAAACAAGCCAAUUCAAGCAAGGUAAAUAGGAAAUAUAUCACAUUUGAGAAACCGUAUUCUUACUUCUCCUUUUUCUUCAUAUAAUCUGAUAAUUUUUGUUUUAUUUUAAACAGGAUAUUUUGUCAUCUAAUGAUGAAAAUAAAGAUCCUGAUGUAAGUAUUGGCUUGCACAGUGUUGUAACAAGACCUUGUGAGAUUGAGUCACAGGUCACUUCCUGUUUGAGUAGCAAAUUGGUUUGAGUCAUGGAGUUAAGUUGAGUUAAUCCAGUGGCAGCUUUUUCGCAGCCAGGGCUUUCCCCUUGAUGAGUAAAAUUGUCUGGCAUUAGACAGAGUAAAAUAAUAAAGUAGGGCACAUCCGGGUACAUUUCUACUUAAAGGGUUAACAGAUUGCAUCCAGGGCAGAUAAUGUGAUUAACCCAUUGAGUGGCAGCACACUCUUCUUGAUGAGUAAAAUCGUCUGGUAUUAGACAGAGUAAAAUAAUAAAGUAGGACACAUCAGGACACAUUGGCAACUAAAGUGUUAAGUUACCUGCCAAUAUUCUGUCAAAAUUAAAUGGCAUCUGUAUGUUAUUACUUAUUCCAGACAUCUUCGGAGCCAUUUGUUCAAACUGAAGCAUCAAUGGCUGUUGUCGUUGAUGAGUAUGAUCCAAUGAGGCCAAAUGAUUAUGAGGAAUGUAAACAAAAACAGCGAGAGAAGGAGCAACGUGAAAAAGAACUGGAGAGGAGUCAAAGAGACAAGGACUAUGACGACAGGUUAGAAAGCAUUCACAAUAGAAACGCAUAUAUAGAUCAGACUGAUUAUUCCAAAGCUUGUUAGCUUAACCCAUUGGGCACCAAUACUCUCCUCUUGACAAGAUUGCUUUGAAACUUUUCAUUGAUUCUUUAAGCAGGCUUUUGAACAAACUUCAUCAAAUUCUUUCGAUAAUAGGUACAGAGAUCGAGGUCGAGAUAGGGACCGUGGUGAUUACAGAACUCGUGGAAGACGGCGGAGAUAUGGUGGUGAUGAUGAUGAAGAACCAAGAUCUCUUGCAAGAAAAGGCGGCGCCGCCAUUGCUCCUCCAGUUUCUUUGAUUGCUGCAAGCAAUGCUGAUGAGGAUAGUUAGUACUUCAUAUUGUUGCUUGAACUGCAGUACUGUAUUUUAUGUUCAAAUAAUGUAGCUUAACCAUUGAGCACUCUCCCCUUGACAAGUAGAAUGGUCUGGCAUUAAAAUAAUCAGGUGGCAUGUAUUUGGGUGCAAUGCAACUCAAUGGGUUAAAUCAGUGAUUACUUGGGAUUAAAUCUCAUUAUUUACUUCUAACAGAUAAACCAUUUUCUGGAAUACCCAGUUUAUUUAACAAACCAGAUGUUGGCUUUGACAGGUAAAAUAUAGAUAGCAAUGGCCUAGUGAAAUCAAUAUGUUCUGUCUGAAAACAUACUGUAAACUGCUCUCCAAAUAAUCUCUGAAAGCCCUUCUGAAAUGAUGUCUGAAUAACUUCAUAAUAAAGGUGCAUAACAAUACUUUUUCAACCACCAAAGCAUUGGUAGGCUAAACGUUAAGCUAUAUAUUGCAUGAUAUUUAAGGCGAAAAAGUGGUUCUUAACUGGGGGUCAUUAGCAGGUGGAGCUAAAUAAAGGGUAGGGACUUAUUUUUUAAGUCUGGGGGCUAAUUAUAGGAGGUGGGGGUAAACGUUUUGUUUAAUGAUUGCAUUCUGCUGUUGUAGCCCAGUUGCAUCUAACAUCAUGGCAAAAUAUGGAUGGAAAGAUGGGCAAGGUUUGUUAAUUUGGUAAAUUCCUAAAUGGUCAUAUUGCCAUUAUUAAAUAAUGAAAGGUAACAUGAACUCUUGAACAAUUCCAGGUCUAGGAAAACAGGAGCAAGGAAUCAAUCAGUGUUUACAAGUGGAAAAGACAAGCAAGAGAGGUGGGAAGAUUAUCAACCAGGAGAAAGGUAAUGUGAACGUUUUAAAUUUUCAUGUACUGUAUAACCCAUGUGUUAAAUUUGAAUUGUUUAUGACUGUACUGGUUUUGUAACCAAAAGUUAGACAGAAUAAAAAAAUAAAGUUGGUAUACAUUAGCGCGAAAUUCAACUGAAUGGCUUGAAUUUCCAUAUGAUUGAUUUGUAAACUAUCAAAAUAUUGAUAAAUUUCCAUUUUUUCAAGAGUUAUCACAGCUUCAGGAAAAUGAAUCUCUUGUUGGCAAAAUGAAAAAUCCAAGCAAAGUCAUCUUAUUACGUGUAAGUUGUACCUACAGGAAAAAAUGCUGGAUUCAUCCUGAAUAAUACAUUUUUCAUGUCUAAUGCUUUACAGAACAUGGUUGGCCCAGGUGAAGUAGACGACGAGCUGGAACCGGAGACAGCGGAGGAAUGUAGCAAAUAUGGCGAAGUUCAAAAAGUUGUUAUUUAUGAGGUAAUUGUAACAUUUUAUUUAUUUGUACUACACUGUAAUUUAUUAUGUCCUACUGGAAAACGAAACAUGGCAUUUGUUACUUUUUUGUGUGUGUUGAUGUUAUGUAAAAAAAUAAGUAGCAUAUCGUAGAAUACAUUGAUAUCGAAGGAACUAGACUCAGUUCCAAAAUAUCAUCACUCAAACUGACUUGACCUCGUAGCUCAGUUGGCAGAGCAUUGGACUAGUAUCCCAAAGGUCGCGGGUUCGAUUCCCACAGUGGUCAGGCAAACUUUUCAGCUUGCCCGGUGUGGAUGCACACUCAGAGUAACAUCACAAACAUCAUGGCAUUUCUUGUUAAUAAUUUUUCAUAUUUUUUCUACAGAUUCCCGAGGGAGUGGCUGACGACGAAGCGGUUCGAAUUUUUGUCGAAUUUAAGAAAAUGGAUUCGGCAAUUAAAGGUGAUUAACCCGUUUUACUUUUGAAAAUAGUUGAGGUAAAACUAUUGAAGCUCAAACGAUUUGUGCUAGGGUACAGUAUAUGGUGAUAAUAACACCAGUGAGCUGCGGAUGAAUGAUUCCAGUCAUCGACUAAUUUUUUAUCUAGAAAGAAAGACGAAAUCUAUCUUUAUGGCUCAAAAGAGCAUCCUAAAAUUAGUAAAAUUGCAAAGUUUGGUUGCGAAAUGGUGUAAAAUACGGAAAAUAUAGCCCUGUGAAAUUAGCAAAUUUUGAGUAUUUUAGUAUAUAUUAUGCGCGGAAAAAUGCACCACUUUCGGCUCAAAAAUGCCUUUUUCCGCUCGUAAUACUAAAAUACUCAAAAUUUGCUAAUUUCACAGGGCUAUAUUUUCCGUAUUUUACAAUAUCUGGCAACCAAAUUUUGCAGUUUUACUAAUUUAAGAAUGUUCUUUUAAGCUAUAAAGAUAGAUUUCAUCUUUCUUGUCUGGAUCAAAAUUUGGUCUAUAGCUGGAAUAAAACAUUGAAAGGAAUUCAACUAAAGCCCCGUUUACAUGAAACCGGAACGAAGUCAAACCGGGACCAUUUCGUUUCGGUCAUAGUAUUAUUUAUAAUAGAUGUUUACAUGAGACCUGGACGAAAAGUCAGUCCGGUCUCAAGCAUUGAACUAUAAGUAAACUAUAAGUUUACUUAUAGUUCAAUGGUCUCAAGUCAUUCCGUCUGCUGGACCGAGCCGACUGACUUCAGACCGACAUGAAUUCAGACUGGAAUGAUUGUAAACACAAACACAUUCGAAUAUUUUCGACAUUACGUGGUAAUAAUAAUCAAUUUAACUGUGUUUAUGACACGAAUAAACGUUUAAAAUGCCGGCAUUUACCCAAUUCAUUUAACACUUAAUACGUGUUUCGACGUAAUUUAUAAUAUGAAUAAAACAUUAAACAUAACACACAAUUUGGCGACAUAAGUUGCAAAUUACCUAAUUUAAAACUAUCUAAGAAUGUCACCACAUAACUGUAGACGAAACUGACAUUAUUUACUUGUCAAACAUGUUUAAAAUAGUAAAAAAAAAAUAAAGAAACUUACUGCCGUAGUUUACUUCGUGUUUGAGAAAGUUCCCACCUCGGACAUUUUCUUGUUUGAGUUUUUUUGAGAAUUUCCAAAUGACUUGAAUUUUCCCGCUCUUUUUGAGCCUGUGGAUUUGGGUAAAUUUCAGGUGGGGCUGUUUGCGGGCUAAUAUGAUUUACGUUGUAGAGUCCAGGCCCCAGCUUGAUCCAGCGCGGACGGCAGCUCAAUCUCGUACCCAGAGCCAUCGUUGAGUGGCUCUGGCCACACGGGAUUGAAAAACGAUCCUGAUUGGUCGAUCCAUAAGUUAUUGGACCCAUACCCCCUGUAGCGUUCACGUGCGCGGCCAAUAUGAGUGAAUACGAUAUAUUUGCUAAUAUUUUGCCUGAAAAUUUGCUUAUUUCGACGAAUUUUUUGUUGCUUUUCGUCCGAAAAAGUGGCGAAGGGAUUAAGGGGUUGAUUUAUGCAUACUUUAAUUCAUUUGGGCAAAAUAACAGACUUCGUUAUGGUAAUAAUUCAUACUCUUGGUUCACUCUGAGUGAGUAUAUUGAUGGGAAUGAUGGCAUAUAUCCUUGAUCUACUAUAUUGGAGUGUUAUUAUUGAAAAGAAAUUCAAGCGUACAAGACUUACAAGCGUACACGUAUGCUAGGACUGUGUUUAUACAAGAUUUGGGAUUUUUUAAUUGAACUGUAAAUGUAUGAAUCAUCAUGGUUUGAAUGUGACAAUUAAACAGCUGAAACAGCAUUUGGAUUCUUUUGCAACUUGUUUGAUAGAAUUGUUUGAUGAUAUAAUAUAUUGUUUCUGUUUACAGUAUUACCUGUACAACUCUGUCAGAAACAUUGGUGUUAGUAGCCAAAAAAGGUUUCAUUAAAGGCCAUGUAAAGUAUGUAAUUGUGUAAACAAACCCUUUGUUUACAUUCUGAACCCAGUGCUAUAUUAGAUAUAUAUAAUAUAUAUUAUGCUGAAUUUUAAUUCUUCUGGUUUGCUAUGUUUGUAAAUGAAUACAGACCAGAGAUUCAUUUCUAGAAAGUUUCGAAGGUGCAAAAUAUUAAUAGCAUUCCAAUGGUCGGUUCCCGAUCAUUGGAAUGCAGGCUUGCAGAAUGCAUGCGCAGAACAGACUUUACAUGGUCUUUAACAAUAGCAGUAUGUACUACAUACGGUAUGUAAUAAUAUGAAACCAUCUACACAAUUUAUACAAUGGUUCCACUAAAACUGGUAAAUAAAUGAUUGUCAACUAUUCCACAGUCUUGCUGUGCUGAGUGGUUAUAUAGUAAUACUACCUGAAAAAAACAAGCAGAAACUCGACAUUGGCUACUAACUCUUGACAAAGGGCCUUCACUCGAAACAUCAAAUUUCUGCUUGUUUUUUUUUCAGGUAGUACUAUAUAUAGAUAUCAGAUGUUCAUUCUUGUAAUGGAUAAUUGAGUGUGCAACAAUUAACAAUUGUAUUUGAAGUCCAAUUCUCAACAAGAACAACUUUACUUUUUCAGAAUAUGACUACUAAAAGCAACCUAUCAUAUAACUUCACACAUCCUUAACAAUUUCAGGACUGCCAAAAAUAGGGAUGCAGGCAAAAGCCCAGCUCAAAAGGGGCCUCCAAAGCACAAAGAGUUGUGUCAGUGCCAGAUAAUAUGCAGUAAAGUGUAAUAUAUUGUAAUACACCUCCCAUUUAAUAAUUAUGAUGUCAUAGGGACCCCUGGGAAAACUUAAUGAUGUCAUAUGGUUCCCCUGGAAAAGUUUUACUCUGGGCCCUGCACACACCUCCCAGUGGUACCAUAAAAUAAAUUGCAAGUUCUGAAAAACCUUUACUGAUUUCAAUAAUGUGUCAUUCUACACAUCAAAAUGUAUCAAGCAAUACACGUAUGAAAUUAUAAAUGAUAUUACACUUAUUCAAGUGCUCAGGACAUUAUUAUUAAUCAGGCCAGGUGUGAUUCUUGGUUCUUUACCUAACUACUUUUUAUCACAUAACUAAUGGGCAAUGCCACUUCAACAAUACUAUUCCUUUCUCUAGUAUUUCAUUAUAUUAAACUCUUCAUUAUAAUGCAACAUGCCAAGCUGUUUACUGUUCCAGAAUACAGAACUGUAUAAUUUUGACUUGAAACUGAUUUCCAUUGUUUCUGGAUGUACUGGUAUUGGCAUCGAGAUUGGCAUAAUAAAAAGAUUAUCAUAUGUACAGUCCCAAGUGUACCUGAAAGAAAUGUAAUACUAAAGUUAUAAAAUAGUCAACCAUUAAACACACACUGGUAUACUGCUACAGGCUUUUGCUCAAUUGCUAUAGCAGUACAGGCCUUCUUUAUUGAGAAAAAUAUCUUUAUUUUAUCAUUGUAUGAGGAAUAAUAUUCGGUUUUAAAUUCCCUAGGUAUGAUAGAUUCAUAAUAAUGCGUGUAUAAUAGUAAUAAAUACCGGGUAUGAUCAGCUCACAGGAUAUGCUAUAGAAUUUCUGAAAAUAUGCUCCAUUUUUAGGGGGUACACAAUAUCUUUUGUGGUAUCCUAAAUAGACUACAAUUAGGAUGGAAAUUCAGAGCCCAAGAUUCAAAAAUUAACCUUGAAACAACAUAAUGAUGACAUCAACAAUAUAAAUUGUAACAAAUUAAAGAAUAUUUAAAGGUAACCAAGGCAGUGUGCAACAAGCAACGUUCUUGCUCAAGAAUAGCCUAUUUAAUAAAGCUGAGAGUUAUUAAAUUACUUUUGUAUAACAAAUAAUUAAACGUACUUAUACCUUAAGAAGAAAUCGGAACAUUUUGAAGGGAAUAGAAGCCAUUUGAGACACAAUAUUUGAUCCAUGACUCGAUGAGUUUUGACAUGUGUACAAGCCGGUGUUUCAAUCAUCUCAAAUUACUUGUAAAACGGAAAUCACACCUGCACUCAGUAUCCUUGUUGUUCACACUAACUGCGUCGAACAUAUUUUAAUGCUUUUGACGGGAAAAUUGCGAUUUUAUUGAUAUUUUCAGCAAAAAGUUAGCUCUCCACUCCUCUUGAAAAUACUAUGGCACGCGCGAUUCCCGGAGAAUGGGUACGAAAUAGUUAAUUGGAAAAUACUGUACUUUUACCGUAUUUUCUAAUUAACUCAACUCGUGUGGCCAGAGCCACUCAACGAUGGCUCUGGGUACGAGAUUGACGGCAGCUUUGUUAAAAAGCGCGCGAAUUUUUAAAAGCCAAAACAAAAUGGCUGAUAGUAGAUUCGCUUCUUUAAACAACGAAGAAUUGUGCAAAUUAUUGUCAGAAAAAGACUAUGGCAGCGCCAAAAAGGUCAUGACAUAAUGCAAAACUGUCUUCGACAGGUAUUUAUUGUAUUCCCUCUUUAAAUAUCGCGAAGAAGAACAUAAACACUAUGUCAUACUGAUAUUAAAUAUUUCGUCAUGUUCUAGCUAUUAUUGACCUGAAUGGCAGAUAUUUUGGAGGUCGCACGGUCAAAGCUGGUUUCUACAACUUGGAUAAAUUUCGAAGAUAUGACUUAAUGGAUGAUCUGGAGUUGAUGUAAUCGUAUGUACAAUACUGUAAAACAAUGUCCAGUGCGUUGUCUGCUAGUACUUGUCGUCUGCAAUACAAGUCUGAAGUACAAGUCGAAUGUACAAUGUAUAAUGUACAGUACUAUAAACUAUUAAGCGCCGUACACUUUGUCUUUGACAAGUUUUUCUUGACAAGUUUUAUUUGCUCAUGAGAACAGCAAAAGAUUAACAAUUUUUCCUUUGCCAAGCAGC